GUGUGUAACUGUGGAUGAACCAAUGCAUGUGCACAACUUCAAGAUAAGACUGGUGGUGUAUGUUGUAUUGCUAAGUACAACUGACUUGCACAUGGAGAUAAAUUUCCACCAAGAAGCCCUCCAUGCGAAGGUGCCUCUGGUGAAAGACUUGCUGCAUCCCUCCCCCGAGGAGGAGAAGUGGAAACACAAGAAGAAGAGUCUGGUCCAGAGUCCGAACUCCUAUUUCAUGGAUGUGAAGUGUCCAAGUUGCUAUAAAAUCACCACUGUAUUCAGCCAUGCUCAGACUGUAGUUCUGUGUAUUUCCUGCUCAACUGUGCUGUGCCAGCCCACUGGAGGAAAGGCAAGGCUUACAGAAGGAUGCUCCUUCAGACGAAAGCAGCACUAAACGAAAGUGUGUCUGAGAUGGGUGGGACUACCUGCACAGUUGGCUGCACAGACAAAUACAAAUGGUUCAAGAGCAUGGGAUUCAGCCACAGAGCAACAUUAAGUGUCAAGAUGUGAACAGAAGGCUUUAAAGACGUCUCUAGAAUGUGAGGGGAGAACAUGACUUUCAUACUGUCCCUGUAGCCUCACCCAUCUGACUGUCAAUAA